UCCUUGGGAUGUCCGCAACCAUUCCCUUUCUCUCUCUACUUUCUCUCUCUAACGUACCCCAUUUUUUUAAUUUAAUAAAUUUAAUCCCCUUAUUAUAAAUACACCCCACUCAUGCAACUUCUUCUCUUACACUACACCACUCUCUCUCUCUCUAAACCAAAAAAAUAUUCACACUCAUUUUUUAGUUUCUGUAACCUAAUAAUCUGCUACUAUAUGGAACAGCUCCUAGAAUAUAAUCAAACUAAACCUAACUCAACCACCACCACCCGCUUAAAACUCUUCGGCAUCAGCGUCUCCGAUCAAGAUGAUCAAGAACUUUUUAUAACAGACUCCGUUAAAGUACCCUCGUCUUCUACUUCACCGGACGCGGCUUCUUCUUCAGCCACUGUAACUAAUAAUUCCGAGAGUUGUAAUAAUAAUAACGGUAAUAACAGAAAAUAUGAGUGUCAGUACUGUUGUAGGGAGUUUGCUAACUCACAAGCUCUCGGUGGCCACCAAAACGCUCACAAGAAAGAAAGACAGCAACUUAAACGAGCCCAAAUGCAAGCUACGCGUAACGCCGCCGCGGCUGCGGCUGCUGCCGCUUCUUUUGGUAGGAACCCUAUGAUCUCUGCUUUUGCUCCUCCGCCUCAUCUUUUGACUCAUGCUGGCCCUGUUAUGGUCCCCGCUGCUGCCUCUUCUUGGGUUUACUUGCCGCGGCCUACUCCGCCGUUUCAUGUUUCGCAUGGCUGUGGUUUUCCGGGAGGCGGCGGUGGUGGCGGAGGUGGCGGCGGGUUUGGUGGUCGGGGUGUUGGUGGAUUGCCGUAUAAUGGUGGUGAUAUGGGAUUUUCUAAUGGGCCACAGCAAGUUCAAAGUAAAGGUUAUAGUGCGAGAUUAGAUGGGCUUAAUGGGCCUACUUCGUUGAGUAAGUUUACCCAAGGUGAUGGUGGGCCUACUUUUGAUGAAGCAUUGGGCUUGGACUUACAUCUUAGUCUAGCACCUGCCGGUCCUUGAUACGUUCUCACGUCGAGUUUCGACAUUUUUCGAAUCCGAUCUAUUUUGUACAUUUUUUAAACAUUAUAUUCUAUUUAUUUAUUUAUUUUGUGAAAUAUAUGAAAUUGACUAGUUUAGGAAUUAUUCUUUUUA